AUGCCUUCAAUAACUCAGGCCCGUCUCAUGUGGCGCAGCGUCGCCCGCGGCAUGGUAGAGCCCCACCCCUUCGCUCGCAACCCCAUCACCAUGACCCCUCACGCUUGGCGCGCGGCCGACCUUUCCAAGAAAGUCGUAAAGACGAGCACUGUCUUCUUCCCUUUCUAUGCAGGUAUCCUUGGAUGGCCAGUUGCCGCCGCCUGGUGGUUCAACGGAAACAUGUGA